ACAUAUGAUUUUAAACACCCAUUGAUAAUUCUAGACACACAAAAAAAUAGAUAAAAUAAGUAUACCAAGAAAUUAAUACUUAUUGUUUUUGUUGUUGUUUUUUAGAAGACCAUCGCUGGACACUGAAGAGGGUAAUGGUGGAGGCGGAGGCAAUUUUAAGGUCAUGGCUCCCAGGAAGGUGUGUGGUUGAGGAGUGAGGAGCGCCACCAUGAGGGAGGAGGCCGUGUCUCCGAGGCAGCGGCUGGUGCAGGCCAAACAGAAGAUCAAGACAUGGGAGGGAGAGUACAAGGCCACCUAUGGCUGCGCCCCAGACCGGGAGGCCAUGGCCCAGGCCCCAGAAGAUAUUAGGCAUGCAUACAAGACCUACCGCUACUACCGAAAGGUGGCAGAGAACUCUUCCUUAUCUGGAGUCAAGAAAAACACAGGCGGUGACAAGGAGGCCUUGAAACGCUCCUCAGGUGACUUGGCCAGCCAUGUAUCAUGUGAUUUGGACAGUACUCAGGGUAGUGCAGGGCAGGAGGUGGUGGCUGGUGCUCCUGACCCUGCUGAAGUGCUUGGUAAAGACUCUGACAUGUGUUCUGCGGGGGAAAGAAAAGAUGUUAGUGAAAGUUUAUGUAAGAGUCAAGGCUCACAAGUCACCACAACACCCACCCAUUCCAAACCAGCUGCUAAGUUUGCUAAUAAUUUAGGCAACACUUGGGGAAAACAUUUGAAUAAGAGUAACUAUCGUCCACCGGCAAAGGAGAAGCACGUACAGAAGGAGACGUCCCUGUACAGUAAGAUGGCCGAGAAUCUUCGAGCUAAGAGUACCAUUAAGAUGAGGAAGUCUCUGAGUAGGACAUCCAGCCUGAGCAGACCCCAGAGCAGGCCUUUGCUGUCACGGUCCUUCUCUCAGCCAAGUGCCGGCAGUGAAAGUAAUGGUGCCUCUAGUGACUCAAGGCUCAGUUGUAACAGUGACUUCAGUUGUGAUAAAGGAAAAGCCAUUGAAGAAGAAACCUCACAGGAAACGACCAUCACCACCACCACCACCACCACCACCACCACCACCACCACCACUACCUCUGUAGAUAACAAUGAAGUGUUUACCCCAACUUUUGAUGGCACUGGUGAUGAGUUGAGACCAUUGAGUGUAUUUGAUGCCCUGGAGCCUACCUGCAAUACAACAUUCGGUUCAAGUUACAAAGGUACAAGUGUAGCAUCAAGACCAUUAGGUAUACUUGACACAAUGGAGGCUAAUGCCAGUACAACUCCACCUGCACACACCAACAUCAGUAAGCCAAAUUCAGUAAGUGCCUUAGGUAUGAUGGAAAUGGAGUCUCUUGAAAAGGCUCCAAAAUUCCACGAGAUCUCAGGCAAUACAAGGGCACCAAUCAUUCAGCCCAUCAGUGUUCUGUCUGCUUUGGGCAAGACACGCACCUCAAGCCUCGUUGGUGUCAAGAAGAGGGCGUCACUCAACCUUGGGUGGGUGGCUCGCUGCACAGGGACCCCCUUGCAGGACACCAUCGCCAGUGAACAGACUAUGCCUCAGGACAGCUGGAAGAUGAAGCUGAUUGACAAAGAUUGGUCUGAGGAUAAUGAUAAAAAUGAAGAACCCCAGGAAUGUCCACCAGUUGCACAAGAUAAUGAGGAAUUAACACCUGCUAAGCCUGUUAAAAACACCACUAGGGCUGCCAAGAAUCCCAGGAAGAAGGCUGCAAACAACACUGCUUCUAAGAGACCUAAAAAGAAAGUGGAUCCUGCUCCGCCAACACAAAGCAAAGCAGGAAGGGUGUUGAGGACGAGGAGUACAAGAAAUGCUGCAAAACCCAACUAUGCUGACGUUAGUGAUGAUGAAGUGGACAGUGUUGGUGGCAGCUCUUCACAGGGAGGGAAGGGAAGAGAAUGCUUUGCAGAUGAGGAUGAACUGUGGCAGGACUCAGGUGAAAGGGACGAAUUAGAUGAGAAAUUUGAAGUUGAAGAAAAUAUUUAUAACUUUGUGGAUGAAGAAAUGGGCAACUUUGAAUCGGAACCAGCAGCCGAGGCAGUCUGUGUGAGAAAGAGAAAGAAGGAGACUAUAGAGGAGCUAGAGGAGAAAGGAAAGAUUCAGUGUCAGUGGCCACCUCCAAAAAAGAAGAGAAUAGCAAGGAAGAAGGCAGUGGGUGGUGGCAGAAUGAAGAAACCUGGCAAAGAAAACUCACCCAAAAUAAAAAUGACACCUAAACCAAGACCAGUUAGGAAAAGAAAGAAAAUAGAGCCUGAGGAGGAAGAGGAGGAAGAUGAAGAAGAAGUAGACUCACCUGCCAUAUCACUACAGCCAUCAAACCCCAUGCCAAGCCUUGAUUAUGAUGAGACAGAAGACAUCGAGUCUCACGGCACCAAGGCCACCAAGGCGAGAGGGAUGUACCUGACUGGUGAAGAGCGCAUGAUGAAGAAGAUUUCCUCUGGCACCGUCAACAACAACUUUGUACGCAUCAACCUCAAGAAGAAAGUGUUUGUUCGGGGCAAGAAGACGAUGACUGGCGGGAAGUACAGGAGGCAGGAGUGGAAGAAGAAGCAGAUGAUGAAGAGUGCUGAGAGUGGCAAUGCUGUGGCCAUGAAGAACCUGACCUGCUUCAAGUGUGGGGAUUUCGGACACUGGGCCAGGAUGUGUCCCGGGAAGAGAGGCGACAAUCUAACGCCACUCGAAAAUUAUGAUGAAAAUGAAUCAACGUUCCUCAGUUUAGAAGAAGCUGCCUCCAUGGCCCUGGGCAUCAAGAAGGUAGACUCUGAGAAGCCGGUUAGCAAGUUGUACCCGUCAGCUCAAGAGUCAGAGAAUGUUGGUGACAGUACAAGUGCGAUAGGUGAUGCAGUAGACACGAGUAUUACAAGCAUACCUAUACCUGAGUCACAAGAACAACCUGGAGAUCCUGAGGAGAAGGAAGAGACAGUAAUGAAUGGUGAAAUUGAUCCUAAGGAGAAGGAAGAGACAGCAAUGAAUGGUGAAAUUGAUCCUAAGGAGAAGGAAGAGACAGCAAUGAAUGGUGAAAUUGAUGCUAAGGAGAAGGAAGAGACAGCAAUGAAUGGUGAAAUAGCAACAGAAGAGGAAAAUAAAACAAUUAAAGGUGAAGAAGCAUUACCAGAAAACACUAAUAAAGAGAGCACACCUGACAGAGAAGGAGACACAGUAGGUGAAAGUCAGAACUCCGACACUCAACAGACCAGCAUUGAAGCAGAGUAUGACUUCAGAGAUUCUGACGACGACAUCUUUGGCAGCUUGGAGGAAACAGACUAUACAGCACUGGAGCAGGAAUCAGCCAACAGCACACCAAGUACACAAAGCACCACAGAUGUCCCUCCCACAAGCAUCCCUCCAUCACAGAACACAUACUGGCAGGAGAGGCCCACAGUGGAGCCUCUGUACUCUCUGAAUGAUGGGGAGCUCAUUGCCACGCCUGAGGAGGUGCACGAGGCCCUUCAGAUGUUUGGCUACCCAUCGUUCAGACCCGGCCAGGAGGAGGCUGUCAUGAGAAUCCUAUCUGGCCAGUCCACCCUUCUUGUCCUCUCCACUGGGUCAGGCAAGAGUUUGUGCUACCAGCUUCCAGCCUACUUGUACUCAAAGCAUCGCUCGCCCUGCAUCACGCUCUGUGUCUCCCCUCUUGUGUCUCUCAUGGAGGACCAGACAAUGAGACUUCCAAGGUUUCUGAAAGCUGUCUGCCUCCACACACACCAGAAUCAAUCCCAGCGGUCUCAAGCCAUCACAGCAAUACACUCCAGGGCUGCCCACAUCCUCCUGGUGUCCCCCGAGGCUGUGGUGGCCAGUCGCACUGGCGGAGUACUGGGCACGCUCCUCAAAGAGCUUCCUCCCGUGGCCUUUGCUUGUCUGGACGAGGCUCACUGUGUGUCUGAAUGGUCGCACAACUUCCGGCCUUCCUACUUGAGGGUUUGUCAGGUCCUGCGAGAGAGGCUUGGAGUCAAAACUAUUCUGGGACUCACCGCUACAGCUCGCACUGCCACAGCAGUGAGCAUUGCACGGCACCUGCUCAUCUCAGACUUCAGUACGGGCGUCAUUCGUGGUACCAGUGUACCAGACAACCUGCAGCUGUCUGUGUCUCGGGACCGCAACCGAGAGGAGGCCCUGGUGACACUGCUGCGGGGGGACAGGUUUGCAGAGUGCAGCUCCAUCAUCAUCUACUGCACCAGGCGGGAUGAGUGUGAGCGCGUGGCCACACUCAUCAGGACGCAGCUUCUCGAUCCUUCAAGAGUGGAUGUCAAGAGCAACCUGAAGAGGAGCAGGGGCCUGUCCUUUGAUGCAGAGGCUUACCACGCCGGCCUCAGCUCACACCGCAGACAGCAGGUGCAGAAAAAGUUCAUGUCAGGCAAGCUGAGGAUAGUUGUGGCCACUGUGGCAUUCGGGAUGGGCAUAGACAAGUCGGACGUGCGGGGCAUCAUUCACUUCAACAUGCCCCGGAAUGUGGAGAGUUAUGUGCAGGAGAUUGGCCGGGCAGGGCGAGACGGCAAGGAGGCUCACUGCCACCUCUUCCUUGAUGACCAAGACGGAAGGGACAUCCAGGAGCUCAAGAGGCACAUCUUUGCAAACUCACUGGACCGACACACCAUCAGGAAGCUUCUUAGUAAGAUAUUCAAGCCCUGUACUUGUGCUAAGCUGAAAAGUCUGAGUUCAGAUGGACAUGACAAAGGUGGUGAUACAUCCUCAAAUCUCCUGUCCUCUCCAGGAUGCUCUUCUUCCAUGGUUGAAGAUAAUGGAAUGGUGAGCACAGGCAGCUCAUCUGACCCGUUCUCUGUGGCCACUACUUCAUCAACUUGUCCCAAGCAUGAAGUUGCAAUUCCUAUAAGUACAGUGGUGGAGGAAUUAGAUCUUCCUGAGGAGAAUCUGGAGACUCUUCUAUGUUACCUAGAGCUUCACCAGAAGGAUCUCAUUCGUAUCAACUCGCAUGUGUAUGCCAACUGCAGUGUGUCCUGCUAUCGGGGUCCUCGCCAGCUGGUGGCCAUCAGCCGGAAGUGUCCCCCGCUGGCCAUAGCCAUUGCCCUGGAGCGCCAAAAGGGAACAGACUUCAGCAGGAGCAACAGCGUGACCUUCCCUGUGGUGGAGGUUGCCUCUCGCAUGGGGUGGAACAGCAAGAUAGUGAAGAGGGAACUGAAGCAAUUGGAGUGGAACACGCAGGACCUUAAGAGAGGAGGGAAGGUGCAGCGGUCUGGUGUCAUGGUGGAGAUGACCGACCUCUCCUUCCACCUGGAGGCUAGGGGUGACCUGAGCGACGAUGAGUGCGACCAAGUGCUGGACGCCGUGUACCGCAGGACACAAGUGCAGGAGCAGGACCAACUGCGCCAGCUGCACUACACCUACCAGCUGCUGCGCUCUGUCUCCCACAGCACAAUCUUGUUCUGCUGCGACUCCAUCGAUGAGGAGCGUUGCAGCAGACUGAGAACGGAGCUCAGGGAAUACUUCAGGUGCAGCAAGGUGUUGUCAGAGGUUCACAUUGACGACAAGGCAAGUGUGAAGCCUGAGGUGGAGUGUGGCAUUAGGAGCAGUGUGCGCUCCUUCCUCUCCACCUAUGAGGACCAGCAAUGGACGGGCAGGGCGGUGGCAAGGGUGUUCCAUGGCAUUGGGUCUCCUAACUAUCCCACUGAGACCUGGGGCCGCGUGAGGAGGUACUGGCGGCAACUCCUCAACACAGACUUUAAUGUCCUGGUGAGCAUUGCCACGCAGGAAAUACUGAGGUGUAAAUAGUCAGGGAAGUAAAAUGCUGUAAGUAACAUAUAACUUCCUUUCUUUUAGUGUGACUCAUUUUAUGGUAUGGAAGAUUUUGUAGUUGUGACCAGUGGCAAAUUAACUUCUCACUUUUUUCCAGUGCUUAUUAUUUUCUUCAAAAUUAAGUCCUCUGAUCUGUUGAGAAUCUUUUUAAGUUGCUACGGUUUGCAGGGGAAGUACCAAUGGGUAAGAAGACUUUGAGAUUAAGAAAAUACUAAACAGUGGGAGCAAGUAUUGUAAGUUGAUUGAGUUUAUUUUUAAUUUAUAUCAUUUUUUCAGGAAAUUUUAUUUUUAUUAUUGAUGUCCUCACCUGCAGCGUUGUCAUUCAUUGUACAUGUACAUAACAUUCAGCAGACUUUUUAAUAUUCAUAUAAUGCUUUUAAAUGAUCAAAGAAAAGGAACUCACCAGAUAUUCAUUAUAAUAUAUUUCCUCUAUAUUUUCAUUACAGUGUAACAAACAAUGAGUGUGUUCCAGUUGUAACAUUUGUCCUCCAUAUAAACUGUGACAUUACAAAUUAAUAAUGUUGUGAGAAAUAAAUAAAUCUACCUGA